AUGGACACCUCUUCUACGCUGGCUCAGAACCGGGCGGCUCUGAACGAGUUCGUCACAAUGCCCGUCUCGCGGGAGAUGAUCUCCUACCUGGCCCAGCAGGCCUCCUUGGUCAUCCGCUGCGAACCGCAUGUGACCACUUCAUCGGUCAACCGACAUGGCCAACCUACGCCUCCCAGCACACCGCCGAUGGACCCGUUUGACAACACACCUCCCUUGCCAUCCGUGGAAACGUUCAUUGCCUCAUUGGUUACCCGCUCGCAGGUUCAGGUUCCGACCCUCAUGUCCUCCCUGGUGUAUCUCGCCCGCCUGCGCGCCCGCCUGCCGCCUGUGGCCAAGGGCAUGCGCUGCACCGUCCACCGAAUCUUCCUGGCCUCUCUCAUCCUGGCAGCCAAGAACCUGAACGACUCCAGCCCGAAGAACAAGCACUGGGCCAAGUACACCAUUGUCAAGGGGUACGAGGGCUUUGGAUUUUCUCUGACCGAGGUCAAUCUCAUGGAGCGGCAGUUCCUCUUCCUCCUGGACUGGGAGACCCGCGUCACGGAGGAUGACCUCCUGACACAACUUGAGCCCUUUUUGGCCCCGAUUCGUCGUCGGCACGAGGAGCGGGAACGUGAGGAGGAAUUGAAGAACCACCGUGAAUGGCGCCGCCUCCAUGCCUCCGCCGAGCUCCUUGCUAGCCGCCUCCGCCGUCAGAAACAAGAACCCCGUAUCGACAGUCGACGGGCAGGCGAUCAUGGCUCCAGGCGCCUUGGUUAUGGCCAUGGAACCUCGGGCAUAAACAUGCAAACCUCGUCAUAUGCGAUGAUCGACCAGGAACGUUACACCCCCUACCACCCGCGUCUUCGGGUCUCUCCACAGCGGUCCGGACGAUCGAUCUCGCCUCCCUCGGUCAACGAUGUGCCUGGCCUGUCGCGUGCGGAAACCUACACAUCUUUGAGCUCCCGCUGCUCCAGCACGGCACCUAGCUCUCGAGGCACCCCGGCCAGCAUCUACACCUGUUCAUCCCAAAGCGCGGAUGAGGUCCUGGUAGCAGAUUCCAGCCACAGCCCGGCACCUUCUUCAACUAUGAACUACCGCUAUGUCGACGCCAAAGCCUCUCACCAUGAACUCCAGCAGCAACCUAGCAAAAAGGUGAAGGUGGGGGGCGGGACCCAUGGUGGAGGCCUCGUUGCCAGGUUCCUUGCGUCGGCUGCAGGCUCAUACAUGGGCGGGCGGAUUGGCCGCCCACACGCUUGA